AUGUCGCAUCUCGUCGAUUCUCAUGAGAUCUGGUCACCUCUGUCCAUUUUUCGUCUCCGUCCACUGCGCCAAAAAUCCAUGAGCACCAUCUACUGCUACUCACCAACAUCAGAAGCUGAUGAAUCCGAAUUGGACACAUUUUAUGAGGGGCUGGAGGAAGAGGUUUGCAGCGAUAAAUCCUUGUACAGAUUCGUUGUUGGAGACUUCAACGCAAAACUAGAGAAGGCUACAGAAGAGAAGUACAGGAUCGGAAUAUUUGGACUAGGGGACAGGAAUGAAAACGGCAACCUUUCACGGGAAUUCUAUUUUCAUGAAAAAGAUCAUCAUCGGUGGACAUGGGAAUCGCCCACGAUUCGUGCGGAGGCCAACCUCAUACUCAACAAACGGGGUGGUGACUAA